AUGCUGAAGCCGGGAGACCCUGGCGGCUCGGCCUUCCUCAAAGUGGACCCAGCCUACCUGCAGCACUGGCAGCAACUCUUUCCGCACGGCGGCGGCGGCCCGCUUAAGGGCGGCGGCGCUGCGGGUCCCCUCGGCGCGCCGCAGCCCCUUCAGCCGCCGCCGCCGCCGCCGCCGCCGCCACCACCCGAGCGCGCCGAGCCUCCACCCGACAGCCUGCGCCCGCGGCCCGCCUCUCUCUCCUCCGCCUCGUCCACCCCAGCUUCCUCCUCCACCUCGGCCUCUUCUGCCUCCUGCGCUGCUGCCGCCGCUGCCGCCGCACUGGCAGGUCUCUCGGCUCUGCCAGUGUCGCAGCUGCCGGUGUUCGCGCCUUUAGCCGUCGCCGCCGAGCCGCUGCCCCCCAAGGAACUGUGCCUCGGCGCCUCCUCCGGCCCGGGGCCCGUCAAGUGCGGCGGCGGUGGUGGCGGGGAUGGCCGGGGCGCCCCGCGCUUCCGCUGCAGCGCGGAGGAGCUGGACUAUUACCUGUACGGCCAGCAGCGCAUGGAGAUCAUCCCGCUCAACCAGCACACCAGCGACCCCAACAACCGUUGCGACAUGUGCGCAGACAACCGCAACGGCGAGUGCCCCAUGCACGGGCCCCUGCACUCGCUGCGCCGGCUCGUGGGUACCAGCAGCGCCGCAGCCGCUGCGCCCCCGCCGGAGCUGCCGGAGUGGCUGCGGGACCUGCCGCGGGAGGUGUGCCUGUGCACCAGCACGGUGCCUGGCCUGGCUUAUGGCAUCUGCGCGGCGCAGAGGAUACAGCAGGGCACCUGGAUUGGGCCCUUCCAGGGCGUGCUCCUGCCCCCAGAGAAGGUGCAGGCGGGGGCCGUGAGGAACACGCAGCAUCUCUGGGAGAUAUAUGACCAGGAUGGGACACUACAGCACUUUAUUGAUGGUGGGGAACCUAGUAAGUCGAGCUGGAUGAGGUAUAUCCGAUGUGCAAGGCACUGCGGAGAGCAGAAUCUAACAGUAGUUCAGUACAGGUCGAAUAUAUUCUACCGAGCCUGUAUAGAUAUCCCCAGGGGCACCGAGCUUCUGGUGUGGUACAAUGACAGCUAUACGUCUUUCUUUGGGAUCCCCUUACAAUGCAUUGCCCAGGAUGAAAACUUAAACGUCCCUUCGACGGUAAUGGAAGCCAUGUGCAGACAAGAUGCCCUGCAGCCCUUCAACAAGAGCAGCAAACUCUCCCUGGCCGCCCAGCAGCGCUCAGUCGUUUUCCCACAGACGUGCAGCAGGAACUUCUCUCUCCUGGAUAAGUCUGGGCCCAUAGAAUCAGGAUUUAAUCAAAUCAACGUGAAAAACCAGCGAGUCCUUGCGAGCCCGACUUCCACGAGCCAGCUCCACUCGGAGUUCAGUGACUGGCACCUUUGGAAAUGUGGGCAGUGCUUCAAGACUUUCACCCAGCGGAUCCUCCUACAGAUGCACGUGUGCACGCAGAACCCCGACAGACCCUACCAAUGCGGUCACUGCUCCCAGUCCUUUUCCCAACCUUCAGAACUGAGGAACCACGUGGUCACUCACUCCAGUGACCGGCCUUUCAAGUGCGGCUACUGUGGUCGUGCCUUUGCCGGGGCCACCACCCUCAACAACCACAUCCGAACCCACACUGGAGAAAAGCCCUUCAAGUGCGAGAGGUGUGAGAGGAGCUUCACGCAGGCCACCCAGCUGAGCCGACACCAGCGGAUGCCCAAUGAGUGCAAGCCAAUAACCGAGAGCCCAGAAUCAAUCGAAGUGGAUUAA